UAAGGGGUUAUAGUGGGCGAAAAAUGCGGAUUCGAAUUGACUAAUAGCUAGUUCGUUCAUGUGUGACCCACAAGGCAUAGGUACCUUGAACAAAGGAUAGACACUGGAUUAAUAAAGACCAGAUAAAUUAUGUGAUACGUGUACAAGUACUACAAAAGAAUAAAAGAAAAUUCAAUGCUGUUCACCAAAAUGGACUUAAUAAGAAAUUGUAUUGCUGGAGCACUGAUAGCAUUUGUUUUUGGAGCCGCUUACGUUUUUGAGGCUAGAUUGAAUGGCGUUAUUAAGGAAGUAAAUAAACAAAAUAAAGAGUUAUUGUCCCUUAAGUUGAACCACCAAACGAAAGUAGAAAAGUUGGAAAAAAUAACUGAGGCCAAUGCCAAAGAGUUGGAAACACAAAAAGCUGAAUUCAGAAAUCACAUUAAGACUCUAGAGAAAAGCAUUGACGAAAUAAAAGAGAAGAAACAAAAAACAGCAAAAUCUGGAUGCCCAGAUGGGUGGCUUUCAUUCAAAUCGAGCUGCUACGUGUUGAUACAUCAGAAGAAACACUGGGCAGCUGCUCAAGACUUUUGUUUAGGCCAGAAUGGUUAUCUUGCAAAUAUUGGUGACGCAUCAGAAAACCAGUUUCUCCGAGAACAGCUUCAAUUACAUGGAAAUCAAGGUUUUGAUCUACCAUAUAACUCCUACUAUUUUUGGGUCGGAGCGACUGAUGCCAUGGUGGAAGGAGAUUGGAGAUGGCUGCCAAAAUUAGAUUAUGUAGUUUUCAGUGAUUGGGCGAGAGGAGAACCAAAUAAUCAGGGAGAUCAAGACUGUGUGGAUCUUGAGUACGGACGUCAAUAUCAGUGGGAUGAUGAUCGGUGUAACAAUUUUAGAUCCUUCAUUUGUGAAAGAGGACAACUUGAGUGAAAGAUUUUCAAGCAAUGUCUCUUUUCCCCAAAUGUAAUGGAAUAUGAUUAUACAGAUCGGUUGCUUGCUCAAAAUCAUUCCAACCCAAUGUUUUAUAAUCAAAAUUAUGGGCCGUCAGGACCCCUAUCUAUUGAAUGAAUUUUUAAUUGAAGCUUUGUUUAUUUGUUAAAAGUGGCUAAGUUUUUUUUUUACUAUGUGUCAGUCAUUAUGCAUUAUAUCAUGAAUAAAUUUUAUCAUUAUUUUAUUAUACAUUAUACGAAUAAAAUUUUUCUUCAAAGAGCAAGAGCCACUUUGGGCCUUAUUUGGCCCUGAGAAUUUCUGAAAAAUCAAAACCGCUCAGUUUAGGUAGCAACUACAGCAUUUAUCACUUGGAGUGUUGGUGACCACGUAUCUAUUAAUCCUGACGUAAUUUUCUUUCUAGUCAUUACAUUAUGACGUCAUAAAAUGCGUACAGGGCCAUUUUAUGCAUAAAGUGAACCUAGCUCUUUACCCAUAGAAAAGCCUAUAGACUGCGAAC